AUGGCUACAUUCUGGCGCCCCGGCACAGCGCUCCUGCGUGCCGCUGCUACGGCCGACGCAGAAGCUGAAGUCGCACGUGACGUGCCGAAAGACGUCGAGGUACCACUUGUGCAGAGUACGCCGCUGGUUGGCCUGUCCCUGCAGGACCAGCGCGCGCGUCUGCCGGUCGCCCGCCACCGGUUGGAACUGCUCUAUGCCGUGGAGUCUCAUGCAGUGACGAUCGUCGUGGGCGCCACAGGCUCUGGCAAAACAACGCAAGUGCCGCAGUAUCUGCUCGAGGCGGGAUGGGCGACGUCUCGACCGUCGCGGACUGGCAACGAGUCGGUGGCGACGACUCGGACGAUUGUGUGUACGCAGCCACGACGGGUGGCAGUCGUGACCAUUGCCGAGCGUGUGGCCACUGAACGCGGCUCUAGAGUCGGACAAGAAGUGGGCUACGCCGUCCGGUUUGAGGACAAGUGGGACGCCGAGCGCACGCGGAUCAAGUUUGUAACGGACGGACUGCUACUGAGAGAGACGAUGCGCGAUCCGCUGCUUUCGCGGUAUUCAGUGGUGAUACUGGACGAAGCCCAUGAACGCAACUUGGAGACGGAUUUGCUGCUUGGACUGAUCAAGAAGAUACGGCGAAAGCGACCAGAACUACGCGUGAUCAUUGCAUCGGCGACGUUGCAAGUCGAUACGUUUGUCAAGUUUUUCCGCGCAAAGACGCCCGACGCGCGUGCGACGGCUCGAGAUGGCUCGACGACGCUCGCAACGACCUCUGCUGGUCUGAAAGAUGUGGUGGUCGUGUCCGUUGAAGGCCGUCAAUAUCCUGUCGACAUUGAGUACCUCCAAACCCCGUGCGGAGACUACUUGCAACAAACAGUUGACACGGUGUUGGCGAUUGACCAGCACGAAGGUGAAGGGGACGUGCUGGCGUUUCUGCCUGGUCAGGAGGAAAUCGAUGCUGUCGUUCGAGCGCUGAACGACCGCGCGCCAGCUCAUAUCCUCGCGGUGCCGUUGUACGGGACGUUGCCGCUACGUAUGCAGCAGAACGCAUUCCUGCCAGCACCUCGCGGUGUUCGUCGAAAAGUGAUUGUCGCGACUGCUAUUGCCGAGACGUCCGUGACGAUCGAUGGCGUGGUGUUUGUCAUUGACGCGUGUUUUACAAAGCUCGCGUUCUACAACCCGCUGACUGGCGUCGAAGCACUGCUCACGACGUUGGUGUCCAAGGCCUCGGCCAAGCAGCGAGCAGGUCGUGCCGGUCGUUCGCGUGCUGGAAAGUGCUUUCGACUGUGCACAGAAGCGUUCUUCCGCUCGACGCUCGCGAACGAGACGAUCCCGCAGAUGCAGCGCACGAAUCUCGCAACAGUUGCGCUGUACCUCUUGAGCAUGGGCAUCCGAGACCUCGCGCACUUUGACUUUGUGUCGCCGCCGUCGCCCGAAGCGCUCAUCCGUGCGCUGGAGUUGCUGUUCGCACUCGGUGUCAUUGACUCGAACAGCCGACUCGUGGAGCCACUUGGGACGCAAGUGGCCGAGUUCCCCGUGGCGCCGCCGCUCGCCAAAGUGCUUUUGUCGUCCGGUCAAUUCAACUGCCUGCGCGAGAUGCUCAGUAUCGCGAGCGUGUUGUCCGUGGGCGACGUGUUUUUGCCCGCACAUGGCUCGAAAGAGCGACGAGAGGCACUCGUCGAGGCCAUGCAGCACUUUGCCCACGCAGACGGCGACCACCUGACGUACCUGUCGAUCUACGACGCGUUUGUCGACAAUGGACAGAGCCGUUCGUGGUGUGACGAGUUCCUGCUGAGCCAUCGCGCACUAGUGCGAGCGACCGAAGUGCGUCAACAACUGCAACAGCACGUCACGCGCUGCUUCAGAGCACUGGACGCACAUCAAACAGCAGCAGUGAGCGACAUGAACACUGACGAAGACCGUCACGUGCGACUCGACCGCAGCCAAAACACUGACGAAGCACUAGCGAAGACGUGCAGUGCAACGAUCCGCAAGUGUUUAGUCAGCGGAUACUUUGCCAAUGCUGCGCAAUUGCACGCAGACGGCGUCUACCGAACUCUGCGGGACCAGCGACCGGUGCAGCUGCACCCGACGUCCGUGUACUACCACCUGAAGACACCACCGCCCGAGUACAUUGUGUUCCACCAGAGCGUCCUGACGACCGAAGAGUUUGUCCGCGACGUGUCGAAGAUCGAUCCGCGUUGGCUCGUGGACCUCUCGCCGGACUUUUACCGCACGAAAGACGUGAGCUGCGCCGUCUCGGGCAGUUCCGGUGCAGUGGGUCUGCCCUCCGCAUCGUCAUCUGCAGCAGUCCCAACGAAGACGAAGAAGAAGCUCAAGUUGACUGGACCGGAAGCGACUUCUGCAUUGAGUUCGGAGCACCGCAUCCUGUUCCGCAAACCGCUGCGGUCGCGUUUGCCAACGAGGCCGACGCUGCCCGUGCACAUUGGCAAGAGCAAAGGAGGACUGCGGUCGCAGUUCUAG